AUGUCGCAUCGCAAGUUCGAGCGGCCCCGCCACGGCUCCCUUGGCUUUCUGCCUCGGAAGCGAACGAGGCACCACCACGGCAAGAUCAAGAGCUUCCCGAAGGACGACCAGUCCAAGGCCCCACACCUCACAGCCUUCAUGAGCUACAAGGCGGGCAUGACGCACAUCGUGCGGGAAGUUGACCGGCCAGGGUCCAAGUUGCACAAGAAGGAGAUCGUGGAGCCCGUUAGUAUCGUCGAGAGCCCCCCAAUGAUUGUGGUUGGCUUCGUGGGUUACGUUGAGACCCCCCGAGGCCUCCGCGCAUUGACCUCCGUGUGGGCAGGACACCUGUCCGAGGAGUGCAAGCGUCGCUUCUACAAGACGUGGCACACUUCCAAGCAGAAAGCUUUCACGAAGUACCAGAAGCGCUGGGAAGAGGCUGGUAAGGAUGGCACUCCGAUGGCUGCCGAGGUUGAGCGGGCAAAGAAGUACUGCCAAGUGAUUCGGGCGAUCUGCCACACGCAGGUGGGCAAGGUGCGUAUUGGGCAGAAGAAGGCGCACAUCAAGGAAAUCCAGGUGAAUGGAGGCACCACGGAGGCAAAGGUGGACUUCGUGAUGGGCUUGUUUGAGAAGGAAGUGAAGGUGGCUGACGUCUUCAGCCAGGACGAGAUGGUCGAUGUGAUCGGUGCGACGAAGGGCAAGGGCUUCAACGGCGUGGUGACGCGCUGGGGUGUGACGCGGCUGACGCGGAAGACGCACCGCGGGCUGCGCAAGGUGGCAUGUAUCGGCAGUUGGCACCCGGCCCGCGUCGCUUUCCAGGUGCCAAGGUCGGGACAGCGGGGCUACCACCAUCGCACCGAGAUCAACAAGAAAAUUUAUCGUGUGGGCAAGGCCCUGAAGGACGAUGCCAACAACGCCAGCACUGAGAACGAUCUGACGGAGAAGCCCAUCACCCCAAUGGGCGGAUUCUCACACUACGGUGAAGUGAGGGAGGACUGGAUCAUGCUCAAGGGCACAGUCAUGGGCCCUCGUAAGCGCUUGGUCACCCUGCGCAAAUCCUUGCUGCCGCAGGUCACGCGCAAGGCCCUGGAAAAGGUGACCCUGAAGUUUAUCGACACAUCUUCCAAGUUCGGACACGGCCGCUUCCAGACCAGUGAGGAGAAGGCCAAGUUCUACGGGGGUGUGCAGAAGAAGGCAAAGACGGAGGGCAAGGCCGACGAGUUCGAGCGGCCCCGCCACGGCUCCCUUGGCUUUCUGCCUCGGAAGCGAACGAGGCACCACCACGGCAAGAUCAAGAGCUUCCCGAAGGACGACCAGUCCAAGGCCCCACACCUCACAGCCUUCAUGAGCUACAAGGCGGGCAUGACGCACAUCGUGCGGGAAGUUGACCGGCCAGGGUCCAAGUUGCACAAGAAGGAGAUCGUGGAGCCCGUUAGUAUCGUCGAGAGCCCCCCAAUGAUUGUGGUUGGCUUCGUGGGUUACGUUGAGACCCCCCGAGGCCUCCGCGCAUUGACCUCCGUGUGGGCAGGACACCUGUCCGAGGAGUGCAAGCGUCGCUUCUACAAGACGUGGCACACUUCCAAGCAGAAAGCUUUCACGAAGUACCAGAAGCGCUGGGAAGAGGCUGGUAAGGAUGGCACUCCGAUGGCUGCCGAGGUUGAGCGGGCAAAGAAGUACUGCCAAGUGAUUCGGGCGAUCUGCCACACGCAGGUGGGCAAGGUGCGUAUUGGGCAGAAGAAGGCGCACAUCAAGGAAAUCCAGGUGAAUGGAGGCACCACGGAGGCAAAGGUGGACUUCGUGAUGGGCUUGUUUGAGAAGGAAGUGAAGGUGGCUGACGUCUUCAGCCAGGACGAGAUGGUCGAUGUGAUCGGUGCGACGAAGGGCAAGGGCUUCAACGGCGUGGUGACGCGCUGGGGUGUGACGCGGCUGACGCGGAAGACGCACCGCGGGCUGCGCAAGGUGGCAUGUAUCGGCAGUUGGCACCCGGCCCGCGUCGCUUUCCAGGUGCCAAGGUCGGGACAGCGGGGCUACCACCAUCGCACCGAGAUCAACAAGAAAAUUUAUCGUGUGGGCAAGGCCCUGAAGGACGAUGCCAACAAUGCCAGCACUGAGAACGAUCUGACGGAGAAGCCCAUCACCCCAAUGGGCGGAUUCUCACACUACGGUGAAGUAAGGGAGGACUGGAUCAUGCUCAAGGGCACAGUCAUGGGCCCUCGUAAGCGCUUGGUCACCCUGCGCAAAUCCUUGCUGCCGCAGGUCACGCGCAAGGCCCUGGAAAAGGUGACCCUGAAGUUUAUCGACACAUCUUCUAAGUUCGGACACGGCCGCUUCCAGACCAGUGACGAGAAGGCCAAGUUCUACGGGGGUGUGCAGAAGAAGGCAAAGACGGAGGGCAAGGCCGACGAGGCAUGA